CUCUCAUUUAUUUGAUUGUUCAUCCUUUUUAAACACAAUAAUUUUGGUUUAGGACACAGUCAUCUCAUUACUUUGAUUUCAAUUUUUUAUUUUAUUUUUCUUGAGUCACCAUUUGCAGUGAAGUAUGGAAAUUCAUGUUACGCUUGUGCUUUUGUUUUUCCUAAUUGUUACAAAUCCUUUGCAUUGUUUGCCAUGGUAAUUUUUCAAUGUUGCUUGCAUAAAUUGAUUAAUCACAUCCAUUCCAUAAAUUGAUAAAUUGCAUCCACUGUAUCACUGCAUAAGAACUUAGUCAUAUUGAACAGUUUGGGUUCUGGGAUUAUAAAUAGUCUGUCUUUUAAAAUUAUUUUGAACUCCGGUUAUCUGCAUAUCAUACUAGUCCGUCUAAGUUUUGCAGGUCUUGUGAAUAUUUUAUAAUUCUUUAUGGAAACUAUUUUGUAUGAUACUAGCUUUGUGCCUCGUCAUUCAUUAGAAGGUAUGGACCUUGCUUUUACAUUAGGUUUUGAUGAAUAUCUUAUUUUCUGAGAGAUGUAACUAACUCUACCUUCAGCUAAUUUAAGUUUCGAAGAACUUCAGAUUUAAACUAUAGUCCAGUGAGGCCAUCAUUACUACUUUUGUGCAGAUCUACAAACUGAUUUUUGAAGGGACGCUUACUUUAGACAUUCAGGUGGUAACAGUUCAUGGAAAUAAAAUUAGAUGACCAAAUUUUUCUGAUGGCAUAAUUUUUAACAGACAAAUGAUUUAAUGGCAAGUUACAGGUAUCAACACAUCAUUGCUGUGCAUGGCUUGGCAUUUUGGAUGAUGUUCUUAUGUGAUUCUGUGAGAUUGUUUAAUCGUGAGAUAGCUUUUUCCCGAACAACCUUUUACAACUUUGGUUGGGGUUAACAUACCAAGAUACCAUAUUGAAAUACUCGCUCACACAUGCACAUGCAUGCACAUUACACACAAUAUUUCAAUAUCUGGAUUAAGCUUACAAUUCAUCACUAGUUCGAUGGUCUUUGUAGAAGAGUUUGAAACCCCAGUAUGAAAUUCAUUUAUUUGGAUAUUGUAACUUGUGGUUAACUAUUGUUGAAAUUUUAGUCUUUCAAGAUGGAGAGUUAAAAAUGAUGAGGUUGGAUGGUCUUUUAGAUUGGCAAGUGAUUGACCAUGGCUCCUUUAUUUGAUUGUAAAUCUUAUAUAUUCAACUUAAGACUAGCUAGCCAGAGUCUUCUAUUGGCAGAGUGCUACUUGUUAAUGCUCUUAUUGCCAUAUUUACCGGUUCUGUUUUCUCUUUAAAUGUGGAUGGUUACUCUCCUUUGUAUGAUGUAAUUUAUCUCUGCUUUGUGACAAUAUGUAGUUUUGAACCUAUUGCUUCUAAUUGUCUGUUAACUAUAAUUAUAUGGAUUUAACCCUUGUGGCAUUUAGGACUGCUAUCUUUCUCUUAUUUCAGCCUAUAAAGCAUGGUGGAGUUAUAUCUGAGCAGCUGGCGCCAUAAGGAUACAUUGUUUAUAUGUUGAGGAAUUUGUUAUGGGCAACAUCAAAGCAUGAUGUGUAUCUUAUGCAGAAUUAUUCUGCAAUGCAUUGGUCUCCAUUGCUCCAAAAGGGCACAGAAGUGCUGAAUGUGGCAAAGCCAAUUGUUCCGACCUUGGAACGCCCUGGACUGCUGGCUCAGCCUCUAAAUAGAGUACAGAUAAGUACGAUGGCAGUUAAAGAAAAUUUGUUGGUAGCUGGUGGUUUUCAGGGGGAGCUUAUUUGCAAGUAUUUGGAUCAACCUGGGGUUGCAUUCUGCACAAAACUAACAACAGAUGAAAAUGCCAUCACCAAUGCAGUGGAUAUUUACCGUAGCCCUAAUGGCUUAUUGAGGGUCAUGACUGCAAACAAUGAUGCUCAAGUUAGAAUAUUUGAUGCUGAAAACUUUGCAUGCCUUAAUCGCUUCUCAUUUGAUUGGUCUGUUAAUAAUACCUCUGUUAGUCCAGAUGGGAAGUUGUUUGCCAUCCUAGGGGACAGCACGGUGUGCUUGUUAGCUGAUACCCAGUCUGGGAAAGUCACUGGGAACCUUAAAGGACACCUGGACUACUCAUUUGCUUCAGCUUGGCACCCAGAUGGAAGAAUUUUGGCUACUGGUAAUCAAGACACUACUUGCAGGCUGUGGGACAUAAGAAACCCUUCCCAGUCUUUUGCUGUGUUGAAGGGUAAUAUGGGGGCCAUUAGAGCUCUGAAGUUUACCUCUGAUGGCCGGUUUCUGGCUAUGGCAGAACCAGCAGACUUUGUUCAUAUCUUUGAUACUGGGUCUGGGUAUGCCAAGUGUCAGGAGAUUGAUCUGUUUGGGGAGAUUGCUGGAAUAGCCUUCAGCCCAGAUGCAGAAGCUUUGUUUGUUGGCAUUGCUGACCGUACUUAUGGAAGUUUAUUGGAGUUCAACAGAAAGCACUGCAAUCAAUAUUUGGACUCCAUAUUCUAGUAGAGUGCGCUUUGAAGUCAAACCCACUCCUAUGGGUGUGGAGACCUGCAUAUUGAGUGGGAAGUUUUUUAUUUUUGAAGUGUGUUUAAAGCCUUAGUUUAGUUUUGGUAGUUGAUAUAUUAUCUAACACCCUGUGUAUAUUGGGGUUUGUGGAAUUUCCUCCCAAAUGAUGUAAAGGUUGAGAUUACAGUGUCAUUUAGCUUUAGGAAGCUAUUUCUGGGAAGGUGAUUUUUUGAGCUGACAGAAAUGGAAAUAUCAGUUUUGCUCCUUUGUGUAGCUCCUCUUUUAUGCGUUUGGGUUGUAUAUUCAGAAACAUUAUUUUCAAUUCAUUUAUGAAAAUAUAAAUGCCUUCAUCUUAGUCCAAA